AUGCCAACAAGGCACCUCUCAAACUUACACCCCUUUGCGUUUCUUCCCUCCACGACUCCCACAUCGUUUGAUACGACCCCCACCUCUCACGCCAGCCUCAUGUCUGAACCAUACGACCCAUAUCUUCCACGAAAUGGCUCCGGCGCGAACCCAGGUGCCGGCCCCAGCCAGGGAAACGCAAAGACUGCUGCCAUCCAGGCGCAAAUUGACGAUACAGUCGGCAUAAUGAGGGAGAACAUCACCAAGGUCGCGGAACGAGGAGAGAGGCUGGAUUCGCUGCAGGAUAAGACUGAUAACUUGGCCGUUUCCGCGCAAGGCUUCCGCCGUGGAGCCAAUCGUGUUCGCAAGAAUAUGUGGUGGAAGGACAUGAAAAUGCGGAUUAUCAUUGGCGUAGCCAUUGCAGUGAUCAUCGUCAUCAUUGUGGUCUCCAUCGUCAAAGCAACAAAACACUGA